AUAAAUAAGUUGUUUCAGAGAAUGUAAAAUACUACACAUUCUCUGGUCGUUUCUACCAUUUUUCAAAACAAUAACACAUCUUAAAUGCAGCCCUGUACGCCCCUAACGAUUAGGCAGCACUAUUUAUGACCCGAGUGACCAGCUUGUCGCACUGCAUAAGAUAACGAUAAAUAUGCCUGAAGUUACAAUCAAAUACUUACAAAAUAGGUAGCUGGUCACUCUGUAACUGAAUUCGUUUUUUCACGUCUGCGCAUUUGCUUUGUUGUCGUUAUUAAUUUUAUUUGAUUUGAAUAUAGCGAAAAACUAGAUAUUUCAAUUGUGCUGGGGCCAAUGUAAUAGAAAAUUGUGUCUCAUCUGGGGAGCACGUAAAAAUGUCCGUAAAUAUUACAGUGAAUGGAAAAUUUAGAGCAUGUAAUAAACCAAGCAUUUUGGACGAUCCUGUGCGUGUAAAAAAGCAGCUGGAAGGUGAGCUUAGAAAACAACGUUUACUUGAGGUACGUGAAGAGUCAAAGAAGUUGGCGCGAAAAAUACGUAAUGAUGUCGCGGCAGAAAAAGACAGGCAGCUGCGAAAUCUUGAGGCUAUUAAAGCGCAGGAACUUGAAUGUUGGCGGCAACAUGUAUUGGAUCAAAAGAAUAAUGAAUAUCGACAAGCUAUAUUUCAAAUUGGUACAGCACAUAAUGCCGCAAAGAUUGAAAACGAAGCAAUGGCAGAACGUCAGGCAGCCAAGGAGCAGGAACGCAAACAAUUUAAAAAGAAAACUAACGAACGGAUAGGUGUCAAACCCAAGCAAAAUAUAAAGAAAGUGCUACAAACUGCCGGCACCCAAACACCAAAUGUGCUCAUUAAAGACAAAAAGAAAAAGACACCGAAGAAACGAAAACGAAAAAUUUGUCCAAAAGAUCACACAUCAACUUGCCACUGCACAAGUUCAGAGAGCGAGUCAGACGAUGAUAACAGUCUGCAUAGCAAUGAAAAUGACUCAGAAUUACAAAGUAAUUCCAGUAAAAGUGAAAUGACAAAAUCUGUAACAAUUUGCCCAUGUCCCAAAGUAAUUAAAUGUCCAUGCACAAGCAGCUCCUCAUCAUCUUCGCUACUUUCACCAACCUGUACCGACGAGGAAGAACCGGAGAAGAGUUCUGAUAUACAAAAUAAAAAUGUUGUUCUCAGCAAAAAUCCACCAGUUAUUGUGGACAUCGAUGUGAAUAGCAACGAUUCAAUAAGCAUAACAGCUGGUGAAAUUAAAGAUAAAUAUGCGCAGAGUAAUCGACAAUAUCAUCAUAUCGUGCGAAAAAGUAGUCCUGAAAAACCAACACGCUCGCCACAAAAGAGCAGAACCGCCACUAGCACAGCAAAACCACGUUUCACACAAGUUUCGCGAAUUUUAAAUGCAAAGAGCGACGUUUCACCUACUCGUUCACGUUCACCGCCCAAGCCACCACCGCCAUCACUUGCAGCCACAACGGCCAGCACGACAGUUAAAUCGCCACAUAAAAGUAGUACAUCUGGACACAUACAAAUUACACUUUCAGGCAACACAGUUACAAUGGAUAGCUGUAAAAGUGAUAAGGGAAAAGACACGGGCGAUAGUAGUCGAAGUCGUGUGCAGUCGUAUGAUUACAAUAACAAAUAUACGCGUGAUUAUGCACAACCCACCGAGGGUCUGGUGCAUGAGCCUACUUUCCGCGAACGCAAUGGUCCGUGUGCAGUAGCACAAGCGGAAAUGGAAAGGGAAUUAGAAUUGCAAAGAGAGGAGGAGCGUAAGAGAAUGUGUGCGCGCUCGGAUGAACGUGGUCGUAAAGCGCUUGAACGCGAACAAGCACGUCGUGAUUGUGCAGAGCUUACAGAAAGACUUGAUGCGCUAACGCAAGAAUAUCCGCAACUGUUGAAUCCGACUGAUAUUAGAAUCCAAAAUCAUCAAUUAUAUAUAAGUCGUGAAGCACGCAUAGAACAAAAACGUAAUGCAGCCAUAGAAGACCUAUUUUUGCGUCCUGCAAUUAUCACCUGCCCAGAAGUUGACAAGCAGCGCAUUCGCAGUGAAAGUGCACAGGGCGUCACCAGCACUAAAACUGAUGACGGUGAUUUGAAUUUAACUUCACCACAUGAUCAAAUCAAUAGCUCCUCUGAUAGCCGUUGCUCUAUACUGCUCGGUUAUGUUGAUGAUCAGAAGAAGAAAAUACGUAAUGAUUUGCUGAAAUGCGCCGAUGGUCAACCAAAUCAGAAUAAACAAAAAGCUGAACGCUUAAAAAAGUUAUUGCUGCGCAUAGAUGAGUUGCGGAAAGCUUUAUGUGAAGAAUUGGAAAAGAAUGGCAGUGGCGAUAGCAUGCAGCAGGUGAUAAACGAUGUGAGUGAUGUGCGUCGCGAGCGUGAACGUAUGCUGAAUAAGGAUGUGCCGCAGGAAAAUGGCAGGCAAUCACCACUAGGUAAGCAUUUAGAUGAUGUGGAACGGAAGGAAGCUGUGUUGGAGCAAAAGCUGCGUGAAUUAUGUAAAAUGCAGAAGGAACAAGGUAGCCAAGUUAAAAUAGAUAAAGUUCGUGGUAAACUGGUCGAAAAAAUAAUGAAAAAAUCAGAUGGCAAGGAGUGCAAAGUGCAAACCACAAGCAACCAACCUUUGGAAAUUAUAAUUAAGUUGAAGAAUGAAGGCAGCCGGCGUGGCAAACAGAAAGUGAAAAAACCUACAAAAAGUCCACGGAAAGUUUCCACUUUAAUUGAUACACCGACACGUCGUUUAGGCGUUAGACGUUCCGCUAGCAAUAUACGUGAGAAAUCGCAACAACAAAAACAAGUUUCUACUAAUGCUAAGCAAGGUGCAAUAAAUCGGCAAAAUUCUUAUGACUCCAAUUCGACGUCAUAUCGCAGUCUACCAUCUCGCAUUGCCAAUGGUGUGGAUGAGCUGGUCGAUCAAUUAGAAUUAGGUGAAGAGGAAGAUGUUCACGACACUACUAAUAUACCAGCAACUGCUGUUGCUGCUGAAGCCAAAGCGUCGACACAGCAAGCAAAAUCAACUCAGCGUCCAGCGCGUUUGAAUCCACUCAUAGCACACUAUGUACAACGUCUAUUGGGUAUGUCACGUAAUUCUGUACUCGGUUUAGGCGUAAGCUCUUCGGACAUUGAAACACCUUCGUCUUCCAUUAUGAAUGUCAGUUCGAAUCGUGUAAGCGCCGCUGUCAACUUGGCAGACUCGCAAGAACGCAUACAACGUGUACAGAGAUUUAUCGAGGAGAAUCGUAGCUUUAUCAGUGAGUUGGAAGACACAUUGCGUUCGCAAAGCGAUGUUACGCUUGAGACUAGCAUUCGCAUGUUUGAGGAGAUUUGGCAGCAACGACUGCGCAAGGAGCAACAAAGUGGCGGUGUAAAAGCACAGAAAGAGCCGCAAACGAGACAGCGUAAGGAGAUAGCGUCAUCAGCUGCCGAUGCAGAAGAACGCGGUGCGCGCACUCAAAUAGGCAAUGAAAGAUACGUGCGCGACAAUGCUGUCGUGGUGUCACAACACUCUAAAGUAACGCGCAAGCCGCAUAAAAGUUUAACGGUGCCAAGUGCAAGCCAGCAGCAGCGCGCGCCAACGGCAGCACAAGCUGAGCAAGCGCAGGGUCAGCAACCGCGACAAUUCGUGCAAAAUGAUGAAAAAACGGCACGGAUAUCAACGCAGCGCGCUGCCACUAACGCCAGUGCGGAGCAUACAACGCGUGAUGCGCAACCGAAGCGCGAUACCUCAGUUGGCACAGAGGAGCGUCGCGCUGAAGAGCAAAUCGCACGUUAUGAGCAACUGACCGAGAACUGUACACAACGUAUCGCCGAAUUGACCGAACUCAUACAAAAAGUGCGCACAGAAAAGAAACGCCUCAUGGAGGUUACACUCAGUUCGGUAAGUGAGGGACGCAACUCAACCGAAUACAUCGAAUUGCCUGAUGGUACGCGUCGACGCUCAAAUGCAUCCAUCGAUAGAAAUACCAGCAUUAGCAUUAGCAGUGGCAGUAGUGCUGGUGCAAGCAUACGACACGCUUUGACAACACAACCAACCACCUCUAUAGACUACACACCACCAGAUAUAUUGGAGCAACAAGCUGCCGCUACAUCGGCGGAAGGUUUAUCAGCACUCGACAGCGCAGCGCCGCUUGAGAAGCACAAACCAACAGGUGUUAGUCGCGAUAGCGGCAUUUCCAUUUCACGCCCAUUGACAGCACAAGAUGUGGAACCACCAUCGCAAGCGUCGAGCACAACACACCCGAGCCAUCAUGGUGGCGGGCGUAAGACGCGACCACCACCUACUUUGCAGCGUUACAGCCCCAACUUUGCCGAAGAUGAUGUAGUGCAUGAGCUAUCCACCAUCAUCGAGGUAGAUACACCGGCUACAUCGCGCGUAAAUGCUAGUGCAGCUGCCGCAACAGCUGAGGCAUCACGCAGCAGACAUUUACAACCGCAACCGUUUCCCACGUUCGAAGAAUAUGCGCGUGAAAUGAAUUUGGAUGUCACACAAUUGGAUGCAGACACGAGCCAUCGCAUACAUCAGGAAUUUGAAACGCUGAUCGCUCAGCUGUGUAAUGCACAAGGUAGCACAGUGCCCAACUAUCGUGAGUUUCCCUCGCUUUCCGCCUAUCUGCGCAAUUUAAGCGUACCGCAAGAUGGCGCUGAACAAUCGCAAUCACCGGAGACUAUCGACGAUCUGGUCUCAUGCCUACGCAUAGCGAAUCUUUCCAUAAAACCGUUUCCGACGCGUCAAGAAUAUUUACGCCAAUUAGCAACAAAUUCUCAGAGUGGUGAGUUUCUCGAUAGCGCCAGUCUGGAAAACCUCUCCGAUGCGCGUACAAACAGUAAUACAGAAACCGAAUCGGAAUCGAUUAACAUUGAAGAGGAGCUUAGACGACGGCAACUGCUACAGCAUUCAUUUCGCACGGCCAAAACUAAAGAGCAAAUAUUCACCUCCACGGUAAGGGAUGGCGGUGAGAAUGAGCGCGGCAGUCAUGCACGUGUUUUCGCCGCAGAAAGCGGCAUUGAGAAGCUCACCUCAACAUCUGAGAACGGCUCAAGUGAAUUCGAACGUCAGCUAUUCAGUUUGGGUAUGAAAUGGCCGGCAACAAUGCGCGCGCGCACCAAGGAGGCAAAGGCAGUCGGCAGUAGUAACACAUCAAGCAGUCCGGAGCGUGUGGUAACCGCAACUGGCGCCACAGUGCGGCUUAGUAGUCCGAGAAAAGAUGUCAAUAAUGCGGUGUUGAAGAGUCCACAACGCUCACCAGACUCUACAUUGCGUGGGGCGAGCCCGAAACGUGUGGAAACGGUAAAAAUUAGCGCUGCUAAGGAAGUGCAAUUUGAGCGUAGCAUCGAUGAGCGCUCACCAACACAUAGUCCAACGCGCAUGACAGCACAGCAAAAAUUAAGAAACAGUCCAGAGCGUGCUGAAGUCGACACCAACAAAGAUGCCUCGCUCCAAAAACAGCGAAGCAUCAGUCCAACACCUGAUGGGCCCACCAAGGACACAGCGGGGCAUGAUGCGUCACGAAAUAAUAAAAGCUCUCAACGCAGUCAACCACCCACUAGCGAUUGCGAGUUUCUAAGCGACUUCGGACGACCGCUAAAUUUACGCGAUUUUCUCACCAAAGAGUUGCUGAAACAUGCCAGUUCAUCGAGCACAUCAUCGACGCCAACAGACGAAUCGUUGCGCAGCGCCUUCCUGCAAUCCAUCAUUGAAACGAUGACACCGCGCACCAAUAACGGCGGCAGCAAUCAACUGGACAGACAAAAGACUUCUACGCCGGUUACACAUUCCGCAAGCUCGAAUGCGCACAGUAGUGGAGAGCACAGCGUUAGCAGUGCAGGCAAUACGCAAUCACAGCUUUUCUCCGGCGAAAGUUGUAUUUCCUCGGUGCGCUUUUUCGAGCGCUCGAUAACGCGCACAUAUCCGCGAAGUUCGCCAACCGCCGCAGGCGAUAAACAAGAGAAGGUCACAGAGGAGCUAACAAGUGAUAAUAAUGUUAGCAAAAAGUAGUGUUACUGUAUGUGGCUUCAGAUUGCGCGCAACUAGCUAUACAUUUAAUUUAGUUUUAACAUUUUGCAUUUAUUUUUUUUUUUACCUACACACAAAUUCAUUAGUUAAUUGUGCAAGCCCUUGAUGACAUAUAGCGACAAAUACAUACAUACAUACAAAUAUAUAUUUAAGUAGAUAAAUAAGUCACUUUGUUAUCAGUAUCAAUACCUAUUUGUUAAAGAUUUUAUAAUAAUUGCAUGCCUAACGAUUUUACAUACAUCUAUAACACACUCGACUUUGUAUUGGACGCAGACAGCCAAUUUGCCUACGUCAAAAGAUAGUUUUUAUUUGUUCUAAUUUGAUUGGGUGUAUUUUCGAAAGCAAUAUUGAUAAAGACACACAUUGAUUGUUAAUUAAUUAAGACGAGCAGCAGCGCAAGAGUAUGUAAAAUGCAAUGAAAAUAAAUAUAGUAUAUAUUGUAUAUAAAUAUACAUACA